AUGCACGGAGAGAGACGCGCUAACAACGCUUUUGUUUUUAAAUUGCUAUUGUGCUCCGCGACGCCGAGAGGAGAGUGCGCGCAGAAUGUGAAACCAAUUGGAUUUUUGCGAGUGAGAAGGAAGACAAAAAAACUGUGAGUGUAAUUAUAAGUUUGUAAUUUGAUAUCGGUGAGAGAGCGGACGGACGCACGCAGACUCCGUUUUGAACCGCACAAAGCGCGUAUGUAUAUAUAUAUAUAUAUGUAUGCAUAUAAACACGCAUACCAAUACACUUAAAUAUAUUUGUAUGUAUGCACCACCAGCAUCAACUGGUGACAAUUAAAUUGAGGUUAUAUUAUUCGCGUUAUUAAAAUGGCUGCGUUGAAAACAGAAGCUAAAGUCGAGGAAAAGGAAGAGGCGGUAGCCGAGAACGAGGAGGUAGAGGUUGAGGAGAACGUGGAGGGUGAGACGCAAGCGGAUCCUGCCAAGAAGAAGAAAAAGAAGAGGAAGAAGAAGAAGCCAGCUGGUGGCGAGGGUGCGGAGAAUGAACCGCCCGCGAACGACGUCGAAGGAGACGUGCAGGUCAAGGAGGCGGCCGAAGGUGAUGAUGAUGUCGCAGCCGCCGACGCCGAUAAGAAACCCAAGAAAAAGAAGAACCGCAAGAAGGGUGGAAAGCCGACGCAGACGGAUCCACCGAGCGUUCCCAUCGUCGACCUCUUCCCCGAUCAGGUCUUCCCUGUCGGUGAGAUCAUGGAGUACCCGAUUGGCAAAGAUGAGCGCACCGCCAAGAACAGGUUCACCUCUGAGGAGAAGAAGGCUUUGGACAGGAUGCAAAAUGACACCUACAACGAAGUCAGGUUGGCUGCGGAGGCCCACAGACAGACAAGACAACAUAUCCAGCGUUGGGUGAAACCCGGUAUGACCAUGAUCCAAAUCUGCGAGGAGCUGGAGAACACCGCACGCAAACUCAUCGCCGAGAACGGUCUGAAGGCGGGCCUCGCCUUCCCCACCGGCUGCUCGAGGAAUCAUUGCGCCGCCCACUACACUCCCAACACCGGUGACAAGACCGUCCUCGAGUACGACGACGUGACCAAGAUCGACUUCGGCACGCAUAUCAACGGCAGGAUCAUCGAUUGCGCGUUCACGCUCACCUUCAAUCCGAAAUACGAUAAACUCGUCGAGGCUGUGAGGGAUGCGACCAAUACUGGUAUCAGAGAAGCCGGUAUCGACGUGAGGCUGUGCGAUAUCGGAGCCUCGAUUCAAGAAGUUAUGGAGUCGUACGAAAUCGAAUUGGAUGGUAAAACUUAUCCGAUCAAAUCUAUCAGGAAUUUGAAUGGUCAUUCCAUUUCGCCGUACAGAAUACACGCUGGAAAGACCGUUCCGAUCGUGAAGGGUGGCGAAGCUACAAAGAUGGAGGAGAACGAGUAUUACGCGAUCGAAACUUUCGGAUCGACUGGUCGGGGUGUCGUACACGACGACAUGGACUGCUCUCAUUACAUGAAGAACUUUGAUAUGCCUUACGUUCCUUUGCGCUUGCAAUCGUCCAAAACUGUGCUGAGCAUCAUCAACAAGAACUUCAGCACGCUGGCGUUCUGCAAACGUUGGUUGGAGCGUGCGGGCGCCACCAAAUACCAGAUGGCCCUGAAGGAUCUGUGCGAUAAGGGCGUGGUCGACGCGUAUCCGCCCCUCUGCGACACGAAGGGUUGCUACACCGCCCAGUUCGAGCACACCAUCAUGCUGAGACCGACGUGCAAGGAGAUCGUGUCCCGAGGUGACGAUUACUAGCACAGCGGCGCGCGCUGAUGGAGGACGAACGUCCGUCGUCGGUCGGUCGACGACGAUGCAUCAUUAAUUGUCUCUUUUUUUCUUUUGAAUGCAUGUACAUAUAAUGUGUGUUGGAUAAAAAAAGAUUGGAAAUCGUU